AUGUCUCAGGACCAUCUGGUGAUCGGGGCGGGGGGGUCCCUGUGCCAGCUGCCCGGAUUUACCCUGACGCUGCCGCAGUCCGUGUCGGUGCAGGAGGGUCUCUGCGUUCUUGUCCCCUGCACCUUCGCGUACCCAGCCAGGUACGACACCGGCAAUCCCCAGGCCCGGCUCUACGGACACUGGUACAAGCAUCAGGCCGAUCUCGGCCAGGAUCCGCCCGUGGCCAGCAGUGACCCCAGCCGGCGGGUGUCGCAGGAGACCCAGGGCCGGUUCCGGCUGGCGGGGGAUCUGGAAAGUGGCGACUGCUCCCUGCAAAUCAGUGAUGCCCGACGGACGGAUGCCGGGAGAUAUUUCCUUAGAGUCGAGAAAGGAAACUUGAAAUACAAUUACCGCCCCAAUUCCGAUGGCACUGAUCUUACACUCGCGAUCUCCGUGCCAGGGCUGACGGAGGAGCCAGAGAUCCAGAUCUCGCCGGUUCGGGGGCUGCCAGGGACGCUGCUGGCCGGGGAGCCGGUGACUGUGACCUGCACGGCCCCCGGGCGCUGCUCCGGGCCCCCUCCCCAAAUCACCUGGACGGGGCCGUUCAGCGACACAGCCCGGGACGUCUCAGCCGCGCUGGCGAACGGCACCUGGGCCCGCAGCUCCGUGCUGCACUUCACACCCGCCCCGGGGGACCACGGCAAAGAGCUCGUCUGCAGAGUCACCUACCGCCCACCAUGGGGACCUUCCACCAGCAGAACCGUCCAGCUUCACGUCGGCUACCCACCCGGCCCCCCCAGCAUCACCGGGACCCUGACCAGGAACGGACGCCCCGUGCCAGAUGCCUGGGGAGCUGAGGGCGACGUCGUGUCUCUGGAGACCCAGGAGGGCGACUCCCUGAGCCUGGGCUGUGAGGCUGGGGGCAGACCCGAGGCCACCCUGAGCUGGGCCAAGGGGAACGAGUCCCUGAGCCCCGGCCAGGGAGGGGCCGGGCGCCUGGAGCUGCUGAAUCUCAGCAGAGGGGACGCUGGGGAGUAUCGGUGCUGGGCGAAGAAUCCCUUUGGGUCGGCCAGCCGGGCCCUGCGUGUGCACAUGCAGUGUGGCCUCACUCGGGCAUUUAUUGAAAUCAGCUGCAAACUCGUCUUCGUGGCGACUGGAUUCUUCCUGGCCUAUUACCUCACCCUGCUCUAUUACAGACGGUAA